GCCCGGGGGCGCGCACGCAAAGCCUGGAGGCGCGCGCGACCGGCGGCUCCUUGGCGCGGAUUAGGGGGAUUCGGCGAGGAAAGCUUUGUUGUAUGUGUUGGCCGGUUCUGAAGUCUUGAAGAAGUUCUGCGCUGAGGAAGACCAAAGCAGCACUUGUUGCCUAUUAGGGAAUGGACCGUUUGGGUUCCUUUAGCAAUGAUCCCUCUGAUAAGCCACCUUGCCGAGGCUGCUCCUCCUACCUCAUGGAGCCUUAUAUCAAGUGUGCUGAAUGUGGGCCACCUCCUUUUUUCCUCUGCUUGCAGUGUUUCACUCGAGGGUUUGAGUACAAGAAACAUCAAAGCGAUCAUACUUAUGAAAUAAUGACCUCAGAUUUUCCUGUCCUGGAUCCCAGCUGGACUGCUCAAGAAGAAAUGGCCCUUUUAGAAGCUGUAAUGGACUGUGGCUUUGGAAAUUGGCAGGAUGUAGCCAAUCAGAUGUGCACCAAGACCAAGGAGGAGUGUGAGAAGCACUAUAUGAAGCAUUUCAUCAAUAACCCUCUGUUUGCAUCUACCCUGCUUAACCUGAAACAAGCAGAGGAAGCAAAAACUGCUGACACAGCCAUUCCAUUUCACUCUACGGAUGACCCUCCCCGACCUACCUUUGACUCCUUGCUUUCUCGGGACAUGGCCGGGUACAUGCCAGCUCGAGCAGAUUUCAUUGAGGAAUUUGACAAUUAUGCAGAAUGGGACUUGAGAGACAUUGAUUUUGUUGAAGAUGACUCGGACAUUUUACAUGCUCUGAAGAUGGCUGUGGUAGAUAUCUAUCAUUCCAGGUUAAAGGAGAGACAAAGACGAAAAAAAAUUAUAAGAGACCAUGGAUUAAUCAACCUUAGAAAGUUUCAAUUAAUGGAACGGCGAUAUCCCAAGGAGGUCCAGGACCUUUAUGAAACAAUGAGGCGAUUUGCAAGAAUUGUGGGGCCAGUGGAACAUGACAAAUUCAUUGAAAGCCAUGCAUUGGAAUUUGAACUCCGAAGGGAAAUCAAGAGGCUCCAAGAAUACAGGACAGCAGGCAUUACCAAUUUUUGUAGUGCCAGAACCUACGAUCACCUCAAGAAGACACGGGAGGAAGAGCGCCUUAAACGCACUAUGCUCUCAGAAGUUCUCCAGUAUAUCCAAGACAGUAGCGCUUGCCAGCAGUGGCUCCGCCGGCAAGCUGACAUUGAUUCCGGCCUGAGUCCUUCCAUUCCAAUGGCUUCGAAUUCAGGUAGACGGAGUGCACCACCCUUGAACCUUACUGGCCUCCCUGGCACAGAGAAGCUGAAUGAAAAAGAAAAGGAGCUCUGUCAGAUGGUGAGGUUGGUCCCUGGAGCCUAUUUAGAAUACAAAUCUGCUCUAUUGAACGAAUGUAACAAGCAAGGAGGCUUAAGACUGGCGCAGGCAAGAGCGCUCAUCAAGAUAGAUGUGAACAAAACCCGGAAAAUCUAUGAUUUCCUCAUCCGAGAAGGAUACAUCACUAAAGGCUGAGGCUCCAAGGGCUUGGGAUCAGAAGUCAGAAGUUUGGAAUGUGGUGGGUCAAAGGACAGUGUGGGUGGGCAUUCUGGAGAGUUUUGUUUUUCAGCUGAAUUCUCAUUGUGAAAAGAGGGGAAAGGACAAAGGAAACCUUAAGUUGUAUUAAGUCUACUUUCUUCUCCACCCUGCUUUAAAAGACUCCUGUUGUUGGUAUUGUGCUGCAGAGUUGUGUGCUAGAUAAGCUAUUAUUAAAUGUGAGUGGGCAUUCAUUCCUAACACCUCUUGUAACUAAAAGAACCAUAGUACCUCACUUCACAGUGCUGGUAGAAAUAGAACUAAACCAUAGUCUUUAGUCCCAGGAGUCCAGCUCAGAUCCUUAUAUUGUGAGGUAAGUUUGCUGCUUAUCUGCCUUGCCUUCAAACACUGCGGACAGAUUUAAAAUAAAGAGAAAGGUUUUAGAGCAUAAGAAAGCUCUCGUCUAAGAGUUUUCUAAACUGACUUUUUUUUUUUUUUUUUUUGAGACAGAGUUUGCUCUUGUCGUCUAGGCUGGAGUGUGAUGGCUAGAUCUCAGCUCACUGCAACCUCUGCCUCCCGGGUUCUAGUGAUUCCCUUGCCUCAGCCUCCCGAGAAGCGGGGACUAUACAGAUGCCUGCCACCACGCCUAGCUAAUUUUGUAUUUUUGGUAGAGACAGGGUUUUGUCAUGUUGGCCAGGCUGGUCUGAAACUCCUGACCUCAGUUGAUCCACCCACCUCGGCCUCCCAAAGUGCUAGGAUUACAGGUGUGAGCCAUCACGCCCGGCCUAAGCUGACAACUUUUAUGAGUAAAGGGGAAGAAAAUAUCCUUAUGAUAGUCUUAUCCCAAACUGCAUCUUUAACUUCGGCCGGACGAGGUGGCUCGCCUGUAAUCCCAGCACUUUGGGAGGCAAAGGCGGGCGGAACACGAGGUCAGGAGUUCGAGACCAGCCUUGGCCAACAUGGUGAAAGCCCAUCUGUACUAAAAAUACAAAAUUAGCUAGGUGUGGUGGCACACGCCUGUAAUCCCAGCUACUCAGGAGGCUGAGGCAGGAGAAUUUCUUGAACCCAGGAGGCGGAGGUUGCAGUGAGCCAAGAUCGCACUACUGCGUUCCAGCCUGGGUGACAGAGCGAGACUCUGUUUCAAAAAAAAAAAAAAAUUUAAUGUCUGGCUUUGUACUUUGCAGUCUGCCUGUCUAAUCUGCAGUAGUCUUUUGAGGAGGUGGCACCGGAUAUAACAUGUCUCUGUUAUUUUUAGAAUUAAUUGAUUAAAAUGUUUUGCUAUUUAAUUUGUGGGUGUGUCAAAUAUUCUGGUAACUAAAAUACACUUAAGGUGUUGGAUGCCCGCCCCAUCACGCUGCACUGUCUGCUGUCAUAUGUGUCCUGAACUCACCCUGUUCUUGCCCUGGGUUUCCCAGGAUACCAAGCCCCUGAGGAUGGAGAUGAUGCAACAAACCUCAGCUUUGCUUGGAUUGAGACUUGAACCCUGAUUUCUCAAUGGUGAAAGGCUAGACUGCAAUAAAAGCUGCUUUUAAAACAGAAGUAAAGCAGCUUUAUAUAUGGGACUCAGUAGAUAAGAGGGUGAGUAGCCCCACCACAUGUAAAACUUGGUCCUCAAACCUUUCUGCAGAAUAAGAAGCCAAAUUUAUGGUUAUUUUGCUUCUGUUAGAAACAAAGUUGUAUAUAGAAAUAACUUCGUCAGAAUCUACACAAAUCACAUCGAAUAGUUGACUGAUUGUUUAAUUCUUUCUACAUUCAAAUAUCUAAUUAAAAUAUUGUGUGCUUUGUUGGAAGCAUCUGCACAAAUUUUGACUGUUGUAAAUAUGCAUGCAGCUGGGAAGGGAUUCAUCUAGGGGAUGAGAAACGAAAAAGAGACUCUCAGGACCUGAGGGAAUUCAAAUAGAGGGCUUUGAUUUUUUAAAAAGAAUGCCAUGUGGAAAUGAUGGGUUUUUUUUUGUAUAGUCAUAUCUCGUAGAAAACAUUUUACCACUACCAUCACCCCUAGUUGGUUGUGAAGGGACUGCCUCUUAUCCCUGGAAGGUAACUCCUGUUCUGAAAAGUUGGGAUGCAUUAGACAUCAGUGUUAGGUGAUGUCUGUUGCAGUUUGAAGAGUCCUUAACCUUGAUUAAGGAAGGCUUCCUGGGAGAGGUAGGCUUUUGGGGCCAUUAUAUGAUAGAGAAGAGAGAAAAAUGGCAGAUGGAAGUGGGAGACAGUUCCACACACGGGGUGGAGAAGGAUGUGGAGGCAGCAGUGGGUGUAAGGACAAUGGUGCCAAGAGAUUUAUUUGGCUAGAACACAAGGGGCAGCUGGGUAGUCAGCAGUGGGAGGAUGGUAGGACAGUCUGACAGAAACCUUGGAACCAGUUGAACUCUGAAAAGCUGAUGGGAAAUCAUGAGGAAAAUGGCAUGGUUGAAAAUAGUAAUAGAAAAAUAAGACCGAAGUUUUAAAUGACUGGAUUUUAGAAAGUAGGGUAAUUAUUUCUUUGGUAUACUCAACUUUGCAAAGAUACGUAGCAUUGCAUCCUUCCUGUUUGCUUCUAGACAGGGUUGGCCAUAAACCAACUACACUGAUAGAGGUCUCUCCAGAUUGUCUCAGAAGAGAGAGUUUACCCUGAAACUUAAUGACAUGAAUAAGACCUAUUUACUGAAAUUUUUAUUGCAAUUUAACGUUGAAAGUUUCUGCUGGAGUUUUAUGCGUAUUUUUCUCUCUAAGUGGUGGGAAAUAAAGAACAAAUCUCUUUCCA